UCGACCUCCGCUCCCCACCGGGCCGCGGGGUCCGGGCCGCGCCCCGACGCCGGCCAUGGACCGGGAGACGCGCACCUUGGCCGAGCGGCACUUCCGGAGCCUCGAGGGCCGCGUCCUCGGCGGCGGCGCGGCGCCGGCCCGCGCGGCCUUCAUCGCGGCGCCCGCCGCCUUCUCCUACGCCGACUUCGUGAGGGGCUUCCUGCUGCCCAACCUGCCCUGCGUCUUCUCCAGCGCCUUCACCGAGGGCUGGGGCAGCCGGCGGCGGUGGGUGACGCCGGCGGGGAUGCCCGACUUCCAGUACCUGCUGGACAAGUUCGGAGACGUGAUUGUACCUGUUGCCAACUGUGGGGUCCAGGAAUACAACUCAAACCCCAAGGAGCACAUGUCCUUCCGAGACUACAUCAGCUACUGGAAGGAGUACAUCCAGGGGGGCUACAGUUCCCCUCGGGGCUGCCUCUACCUCAAGGACUGGCACCUGUGCAGGGAGUCUACAGUGGAGGACUUGGAGGAUGUGUUCACUCUUCCCGUGUACUUCUCAUCUGACUGGCUGAAUGAGUUCUGGGAUGCUCUGGAUGUAGAUGACUACCGAUUUGUCUACGCAGGGCCCAAGGGCAGCUGGUCGCCCUUCCACGCGGACAUAUUCCGCUCCUACAGCUGGUCAGUCAACAUCUGUGGGAGGAAGAAGUGGUUGUUAUUCCCACCUGGGCAGGAAGAGGCCCUGCGUGACUGCCAUGGCAGCCUGCCCUAUGACGUGACCGCCCCUGUGCUCCUGGAUGCCCGCCUGUACCCCCGGUUCCAGCACAGCAGCCCGCCCCUGGAAGUCCUGCAGGAGGCUGGAGAGAUGGUGUUUGUACCCAGUGGGUGGCACCACCAAGUGUACAACCUGGAUGACACCAUCUCUAUCAACCACAACUGGGUCAAUGGAUACAACCUGGCCAACAUGUGGCACUUCCUACAGCAGGAGCUCCAGGCUGUACAGAGGGAGAUAAGCGAGUGGAAGGACUCCAUGCCCGACUGGCACCACCACUGUCAGGUCAUUAUGAAAUCCUGCUCCGGGAUCAACUUUGAAGAGUUUUACCACUUUCUGAAGAUCAUUGCUGAAAAGAGGCUCCUUGUCCUAGGGCAGGGGCCAGAGGAGGUUUUCAAGGACAGCCCGGGCCCAGGGCUAGGCCACCAGCAGGCUGCAUUUGAUGUUAGCCGCCUUGUGGAAGUGCUGACCUCUCUGAUCACACACCCUGACUUCCAGAGAGUAGACACCAGCACAUUCUCCCUGCGGCCAGAAGAGCUGCUUGCACAGCUGAAAGACGCCAUGUCCAGUACUGCAGCCCUGUAGUGCCUGUGGGAAGUUACUGCACUAGGGAUGCCAGUGCGCAGCGGACUUCUGCCUCUGACUCCUUCACGAAUUACAGGCUGUAGCAGGGCGCCAGCGGCUCACGCCUGUCAUCCUAGCUACUCAGGAGGCUGAGAUCUGAGAAACAGGAUCAAAGCCAGCCCG